AUGGCGACAGAAAACGGAGCAGUCGAACUGGGAAUCCAGAGCCCAUCAACAGACAAAGCACCUACAGGCGAAGGACUCCCAGCUGCAGAGAAAGACCCUGGUCCCCCAGACCCAAAGAAAGACCCUGGUCCCCCAGACCUAAAGAAAGACCCUGGUCCCCCAGACCCAAAGAAAGACCCUGGUCCCCCAGACCCAAAGAAAGACCCUGGUCCCCCAGACCCAAAGAAAGACCCUGGUUCCCCAGACCCAAAAAAGGACCCUGAUCCAGCCACCCUGGAGAAAGACACCAAAGGCUCCAAAGGAGAGGAUGACCAGGGAGGGGGGCCUGCGGAGGGCAGUACUGGCCCACCAGCUGCCCUGCCCCAGCAGACUGCGACGGCCGAGGCCAGUGCCAACAAGCCCAGUGCUGGGCAGGGAACCUCGGGCCACCAGGACCCUGGAGAGCCCAAGGUGGGCAAGAAGGCAGCCGAGGGCCAAGCAGCAGCCAGGAGGGGCUCUCCCGCCUUUCUGCACAGCCCCAGCUGCCCUGCCAUCUUCUCGAGCUCUGAGAAGCUGCUGGCCAAGAAACCCCCAAGUGAGGAGUUGGAGCUCACUUUUGAAGGGGUGCCCAUGACCCCCGGCCCCACGGAUCCCGGGCCAGCCAAGGCAGAAGGAGAAAAGAGUAUUCCGGCUGGAAGCCAGAAGGAAGCAGGAGAGAAAGCCCCAGGCCAGGCUGGCCCAGCUGAGGUGCAAGGGGACACUUCCAGGGGGAUCGAGUUCCAGACGGAUCAGUCCAAGAGGCCUGAGGUGGGGCAGGCCCUCUGUCUCACAGCCAGGGAGGAGGACUGCUUCCAGAUUUUGGACGACUGCCCACCUCCCCCGGCCCCCUUCCCACACCGCAUAGUGGAGCUGAGGACUGGAAAUGUCAGCAGUGAAUUCAGCAUGAACUCCAAGGAGGCGCUGGGAGGUGGCAAGUUCGGGGCAGUCUGUACCUGCACAGAGAAAGCCACAGGCCUCAAGCUGGCAGCCAAGGUCAUCAAGAAACAGACCCCCAAAGACAAGGAAAUGGUGAUGCUGGAGAUCGAGGUAAUGAACCAGCUGAACCACCGCAAUCUGAUACAGCUGUACGCGGCCAUUGAGACCCCGCAUGACAUCGUCCUGUUCAUGGAGUACAUCGAGGGCGGCGAGCUCUUCGAGAGGAUUGUGGAUGAGGACUACCAGCUGACUGAGGUGGACACCAUGGUGUUUGUCAGGCAGAUCUGCGAAGGGAUCCUCUUCAUGCACAAGAUGCGGGUUCUGCACCUGGACCUCAAGCCAGAGAACAUCCUGUGCGUCAACACCACAGGCCACUUGGUGAAGAUCAUUGACUUCGGCCUGGCACGGAGGUAUAACCCCAACGAGAAGCUGAAGGUGAAUUUUGGGACCCCAGAGUUCCUGUCACCUGAGGUGGUGAAUUACGACCAAAUCUCCGAUAAGACAGACAUGUGGAGCAUGGGGGUCAUCACCUACAUGCUGCUGAGCGGCCUCUCCCCCUUCCUGGGAGACGAUGACACAGAGACCCUGAAUAAUGUCCUCUCUGGCAACUGGUACUUUGAUGAGGAGACCUUUGAGGCUGUCUCGGAUGAGGCCAAAGACUUCGUCUCCAAUCUCAUCGUCAAGGACCAGGGGGCUCGGAUGAGCGCCGCCCAGUGCCUCGCCCACCCCUGGCUCAACAACCUGGCCGAGAAAGCCCAGCGCUGUAACCGACGCCUCAAGUCCCAGAUCUUGCUUAAGAAAUACCUCAUGAAGAGGCGCUGGAAGAAAAACUUCAUUGCCGUCAGCGCUGCCAACCGCUUCAAGAAGAUCAGCAGCUCAGGGGCACUGAUGGCUCUGGGGGUCUGA